AUGCCUACGAGAAGAUCCAAACAACAACAACAACCACAAAAUCAUCACAAACAACAACAACAACCGGAAGAAGAAAUUAUUCUUGAUCCUCAUUCAUCAUCAUCACCAUCAUCGGAGGGGGUGGAACAAGAAGAAGGUGAUAGCCACAGAAAUCACAUAAUUCAGAACAAUGAAUCUUCAGCAAUAACAUCCGAGGAAAAGUCAGCGGUUGAUGAGGAUGAAUAUCAAGUGGAAAAUGAUGAAAACAAGAAUGAGAAUAUGGGUAAAAAAGAUAGCGAUCAACACCAACAACAACAAACGGAAAAUAAUACUGUAAAUAGCAAUGAAAGUAAUAUUAACAUAAUUUUACAUCAACAGGAAAGAACCCCAACACAAAAUUUGGAAUACUCUGAAAAUUAUAAUACUCUUUUAGAGGAUUCAACAACGACACAGAACAAUGGUCACUCCAAAGAAUUGACAACAGAAUGUGUUGCGCAUACACAUAUGCAACAGUCAAACGACAACAAUCACAGCGGCAAUGAAAAAUUCAAUUCUACCAGAAAGAUCACUCCUGAAUACGAAGAACUAGACAUUCAAGAAGAAGAAGAUCAUUCUUCGAAAAGAAAAAUAUCUAUUACGAUUAAUAAUACCAAAAGUGGGCUUAAUGAUGACAAUGCCACUACAGUAGUUACAUUACAACAAGUAGAUUUAUCCCAAAACGAUGAUGCUAAUAACUCGUCUGGUAUUGUUAGAACAGAAGCAGCUACAAGUACAACCACCAUCGAAAUUAAUGAGCCUCUCGAAAAAGAAUCCUUUUUAAAAUCUCUUUGGACCUCAAAACAAAAAUGGCAACAUUUCGUUGAGAAGAUUAUCAUUAACCACAAGUCAAAAAUUGAAUUUUUAAAAGCUCUUGGAAAUUUAAUGUAUCUCGGUAGUAGAUCAAGGACAGAUGUGGAUCUCACUGAGCCUGCCUCAGAAGAAGCUGAAAAAGAAAAUCACUUACUCGACAUUUUAGAAACUGAAAAAAUUUCAACCGUCAUUACAACAAUAGGAUGGUAUCAAGAUUAUGUGGCAGAUAAGCACAAAUUACAACACAAGAAUAUUCAAUCGGAUGAACGAUUCAUGUACUAUCACAAAGUUGGACAGUUUUUAAGACUCAUUGAAUGUUUUAUUUUACUUGUUGAAAUUAUUUUCAAAACCGAAUACAAAUCGAAAAAAACAGGAAGACGCAACUACUGGAAUGUCAUUAUUAUUACUGAGAUUAUAAGAGCGGUUCUCAAACUAGUAGCCAUUUUCAAAUCCAAAACCAAUGUACCCAUGUUCCUAAAUUAUACUGUCCUUCCACCAGAUGAAGAAACUAUGAAUAUUCCUAUGGCCAACUUAUUACCAGUUGCUCCGAAAAUUCAUCCUUUCGAAAAAGAGAAACAAGCUCUCGAAGAGUACAAAGAAAAGCAACGAACUCAAGCAAAGCCAAGAAUUGGUUCACGAAGCGGACGAAAAAUACCAUCCUCUGAUGAAAUGUUUGCCGUAUUGAGCAAUAGUAAAACGUCAAGCCAUUCAGUACCAACCACAACAGAAUUGGGAAAGCAAUUGGGACAUGCCUCUCAACAUGUGUAUAUACUUUUGGCUGGAUAUGACAGGGCCAUGGAUGGUACGAGAGGGAAAAUGUUAUUAUAUCUAUCAGAAGUCAUCUAUGCUUGCAAGCCAGUAGUGUACAGUUUUCUUCUUGCCAAGUACGGUUUCCGAUCUUGGACACCAUUUGUUGUGUCACUUCUUAUGGAAUUAUUUUCACUCUAUGUGAGCAAAAAAGCAGUGAGUAUCAUUGAAGGUGAACAAAGAGAAAGGGUCACAACGGAACGGCCUGCCACUUCUGGUAUGGUUAUCGAGUCAGAGUACAAUAGAAGAGUUUCCAGCUUAUUUAAUUACUUGUAUCGAGGUCCUUUGUUUGAAUUAAUUAUGAACAGAGUUUUCAAACUUAUUCUAUUACCAAUUCUGAAACGAAUUCCGUUGCUUGGAGGAUCAUUAGUUGGAUACAUUGAGUAUAUUAUCAUGGUUCAACAGUUUUACUUCUUCUGCAAUCCAUCAGUGUAA